AUGGAACUCCGCAUCGGCACCCUCGAGACGAAGCCCCGCCUGGUAUGUCGUUGGUCGGCUGAUCGGAUGGUACUUCGCAUCGGCAUCGUCGAGAUGAGGCUCCGUCUGGUACACCGCAGGGGGCCACUUACCAAGUGAACCCCCAGGUCCCAGGCUAAUUCGAGUCGUUCUCUCACUGACGCAAAGUCGCGGCUGAUAGUGGACUUCGGCAGAAGUCUGGGAUGGCCGAACAGGCCUAUUUAGGGGUGUACUGCUCGCCACACAACGGGAAGAAGCUAGAAAAAGUGCCCUACAAAUCGUUGGUAACCACGUUGUCUGUAGGCUGGCCGUUGUUGCAGACAAAAAACAUACGAUCGAAACAAUCAAAAUCGCAAAAACAACAACAAUACUCUCUCUCUUCCUCCUUCUGACUAUUGUCCUUCUUCUUCUUCUUCUCCUUUUUUUCUCUUACUCCUCAUCCUCCCCGCCGCCGCCUUAAUCGCCUGACCGGCAGGGUGAGUCCACUAACUCCGGCGGCCCGGAAUGUUCGUUCCCUUUAAGACAAUCCGAGGAACAACAGACCGGAACGGAGGACGGCGUUAUUGGCUCAUGAACUGGCUCGCUACAAGGUGGACAUCGCCGCACUCAGUGAGACCCCAUUUGCUCAACAAGGCCAACUGGAGGAGGUGGGUGCCGGCUACCCCUUCUUCUGGAGCGGUCGCCCCAGGGCAGAGCGACGGGACGCAGGUGUCCGCUUCGCCAUCCGGAAAAAUAUCGUGGGACGACUGCCCUGUCUGCCGCAGGGCACCAACGAUCGCCUGAUGAGCCUCCGCCUGCCUCUCUGGGGAGGCAAAUUCGCCACCAUCAUCAGCGCCCAUGUUCCCACGAUAACCAGCCCUGACGCUGCAAGAGACAAAUUUUACGAGGGCCGGCAUGCCCUUCUGGCGUCUGUGUCGAAGGUGGAUAAGCUGAUUGUCCUCGGUGACUUCAACGCCCGCGCCGGCACGGACCAUGCUGCCUGGAGAGGAGCGCCAGGUACCCAUGGUCCAACGGUUCCAACGACAAUGGCCUGCUUCCUCUCCGCACCUGCGCAGAACACCGCCCAAUCCUGA